ACUCUCUCAGUGUGAGGGUAACAGUUGUCGUGUGUGGGUGUUAUUGCUGAUGUUUGACACGGCUUCUCCACGUCACUGCUGCUGUUGACAUUUCCCAACACCACCUGGUUACUGUUGAUACUUCCCUGCUCCCACAUUGCUGCUGCUGACACUUGUGCUAACACUCCUUCCACAUACCUGCUCUUGCUUCAUCACCCAGGUCUGAGCGAUACCUGUGUCUCGCGCAGCAGCCACUGCCACCACAGCUGCAGUACCACCAUCACCGUCACCACAUUUGUAGAUACGCUACCACCACCACAGUUCCAGAGCCACCACCACAACACCUGUAUAAUAACCACACCAUCAUAACCACCACCCAUUAAACCUGCUAAAACACAGUUUCAACUGUCAAACUACCACCACUGCCACACCUACCGAGCAACGACCACUGAGAUACCAACAUACUCACCAUCACUCACACCAUCACAACAUUUAUAAACAAGAACCACUUACAAAACUACCAUCGCACACAAAACCAACCACAUCCAUCACACUUACAAAACCACUACCACAUACACAAAACCACAUCCAUCACACUUACAAAACCACUACCACAUACACAAAGUAACGACCACUAUCGAAGCCACAAAUAACUUUAAACACAUCAAAGCUUAAAUGGACGACAAGACAGCUACUGACAGCGGGAGUGAGAGGAUGGUGCCUGUCUCCGGUACUGAUAUGGACCGUCUUCAGGACUUAUCCAUUUACUUCUCAGGAUUCGUGAAAGUGGGACCAGAACGUGUCAUAAUGCGUUCUUUCUACACAGACUGGUACUCCAAAUAUGAUAACUUCCCAGUUUACCAAGAUGACAUCUGGGUCGUAACUUACCCUAAGUCAGGAACCACCUGGGCCCAGGAGCUGGUGUGGUGUCUGAUUAAGGAUCCCAAAAGUCCAGAGGGUAAACUAGAACUGAAGAAGAGGUUCCCAUUCUUUGA